CAACGAUUUCGGUGGACGACAUUCAUCAUAUCGUACCGCGUCACAAGGCUUUCCUUGCUAGAGCGGAAGGGGGCCACCGCCUCAGCGGACACGUCGACGCCGAUAUGUCCUCACAGCCCUCGCCGGAGCCCGCCCCUCGCUCGAUGGAAUACCCAUUCGCACCCUCUCCAGACAUUCUGCGAACGCACCAAAAAGACGCCUACAUCACCGGCACGCUAUCCUCACAAGCAUCCACAAUCCUGCGCGCCCUUCUCGGCGCACGAUUCGCCCACAAGUACUCUGAAGCGACAAGCCAUCUCAGCGAAUUGCUCUACCUCUGCCUGACAACACUGCUCGGAAACAGGACGCUGGGCGAGGAGUAUUGCGACGUAAUCCAGAUUGAGGACGAGACACUGCGGCUUGCCGGGCUCGGUCGACGAGUGGGCUACAUCGCCAGCGUCGUGUUUGCUCCAUGGAUGCUCGGCAAGACACUACCUACACUGAGACGCAGACUGCGGAGCAAACUGGAAUGGAACAUUGAGCAUGCGAAGAAGCGUGGAGGAAAACAUGCCCGUACACGAAGCUUGAAGGUGCAAGAGUAUCUGCUGAAACAUCUUGACGCAUUAACGUCCCCGAAUCCCAUCUACGCGCUCAGUCUGGCCAGCUUCUACUUCACAGGCGCAUAUUACCACAUUUCGAAACGAUUGUUCCGGCUACGGUACGUCUUCACAAAGCAGAUCAAGCCAGAUGAGCAAAGAGUCGGGUACGAAGUACUCGGCGUCCUGUUGGUGCUGCAGAUGGCAGUCCAAUCCGCACUGCACAUUCGGGAGACGUACCUCGAAGCAACGGUGCUGCCGAACGAGAGUGGGACACCCUCACAGACCACGGCUGUGUUAGGGAACGGCGUCGAGGUGCCCAUAAGUGGAACUUUUGGCAGCUCGGCGACUCAACUGCUAGCUGACAUCGAAAUCCCGCAGAAGCUGCCUCCUGGUUUGGCAGACCACACUUCCACUCCAGUCCUGGAGAACGCCCGCUAUGACCUGCAAGAUCCCGAACUCAUGGCAUGGAUUCCAGCAGGCCAGCAGCGGAAAUGUACAUUAUGCCUUGAACCAUUCCGAGAUCCCAGUGCAACGACCUGCGGUCAUGUAUUCUGUUGGACGUGUGUACAGGACUGGGUCAAGGAAAAGGCCGAGUGUCCCCUGUGUAGACAGAGCGUGCUGCCUCAAAAGGUAUUGCCCCUACGGUAGCCACGUGGGAAUAGAACAAAUUGUCGAAACA